AUGAUUUCUUCAAAGCCCAGACUUGUCGUGCCCUAUGGCCUCAAGACUCUGCUGGAGGGAGUUAGCAGAGCUGUUCUCAAAACUAAUCCGCCAAACAUCACCCAGUUCGCAGCUGUUUAUUUUAAAGAACUUAUUUUAUUUCGAGAAGGAAACACUCCCAUGGAUAUAAAAGAACUGGUUAAACAAUUCCAUCAGAUUAAAGUUGAGAAGUGGUCAGAAGCAACGGCACAAGAGAAGAAAACAGAAUGUGUGAAAGAACCAGAAAAAGCGCCUGUAAUUUCUUUAGAACCUACACGAAAGGAAAAAUCAACGGACACAGAGGAGGACAGUAUUAGUGGACCAUUAUUCAGCAACAAAACCACCCAGUUCCCAUCUGUUCAUGCUGAGGUCUCAGAGGGUGUGGAUGAACAGGACACCGUUUGUAGUCCUUCCAAACCAUCCACCCCACCCUCAUCACCAUCGCCAGGACCUGAGUUUGCCUAUGUCCCAGCUGACCCAGCUCAAUUUGCUGCCCAGAUGUUAGCAAUAGCAGCAAGCGAAGCAGGACAACCACCACCAUAUUCUAAUAUGUGGACCCUUUAUUGUCUAGCUGAUAUGAAUCAACAAAGUCGCCCAUCACCGCCACCUGCACCGGGGCCUUUCCCCCAAGCCACCCUCUAUCUGUCUAAUCCUAAGGAUCCACAGUUUCUGCAGCAGCCACCGAAAGUUACUUCUCCAACUUAUGUGAUGAUGGAUGAGAGCAAGAAGACCAGUGCCCCACCUUUUAUUUUAGUAGGCUCAAAUGUUCAGGAAGCACAGGAUUGGAAACCUCUUCCUGGACAUGCUGUUGUUUCACAGUCAGAUGCCUUGAAGAGAUAUGCUGCAGUCCAAGUCCCCAUUGCUGUUCCUGCAGAGCAGAAAUUCCAGAAACAUAGUCCAAAUCCCCAGAAUGCUAGUCCUCCAAGUGGACAAGAUGUCCCCCGACCACAAAGCCCGGUUUUUCUUUCUGUUGCUUUCCCAGUAGAAGAUGUAGUCAAAAAAAGUGCAGGAUCUGGUGACAAACGUACUCCCUUUGGAAGUUACGGUAUUGCUGGAGAAAUUACCGUGACUACUGCCCAGGUUCGCAGAGCAGACACUUAA